AUGUGGUCCAAAGUGAUGCUGGGCGUCACCCUGUCCCUCCUCAUCCUCCUGACGGUCAGCGGGAACGUGCUGGUGUGCCUGGCCGUCUGCGCCUCCCGACGCCUCCGCUCCCUCACCAACUGCUUCGUGGUGUCGCUGGCGGUGACGGACCUGCUGCUCGGCGUCCUGGUCCUCCCCUUCUCCGCCCUCCUCCAGCUCAACGACGAGUGGCCGCUCGGCCCCGUCCUCUGCAACUUCUACAUCUCCAUGGACGUCAUGCUGUGCACCGCCUCCAUCCUCACGCUCCUGGCCAUCAGCGUGGACCGCUACCUGGCGGUGACCAUGCCUCUCAGGCAUGCCUCGCUGGUGUUGCCAUGGAGAGUUGGGGUGGCCAUGGCGAGUGUCUGGACAGUGUCCGUGGCCGUGUCGUUCUUGCCCAUUCACAUGGGGUGGAACACAGUCAAUGGGACCGUGCAGAACCGUGGGCCCUGGGCUUCGGAGAACAAAUGUCGCUUUGAGCUGAACAGACCCUACGCACUGACUGACUCUCUUCUCACGUUCUUCCUGCCUCUGGUUGCUAUGUGCUGGACCUACCUCCAAAUACUCCGCAUUGCACGGGCACAGGCCAAGCGCAUCAUCAGUGCCCGACCCACUUGGAUCACUCAUUACAACAGCAGGAACAAUUCCUCCAGCAGCACCACCACAGUGGUGUCCAGUGUUACGGCGGUGGCUCUGCGGGAACACAAGGCCACAGUGACGCUGGCUGUAGUCAUAGGGGCUUUCGUUGUGUGCUGGCUGCCUUAUUUCAUCCUGUUCACAGUGCUGGGCCUAAUGGAGCAUCCAGACCCAAGCUCAGUUCAAGCAUAUUCGCCUGUGGUGUGGCUGGGUUACACCAACUCAGCCCUCAACCCUAUCCUCUAUGGAGCCCUCAACAGGGACUUCAGGUCAGCAUAUGCCCACCUACUGAGAUGUCAUUGCCCUAUCUACAGUGGAUGGAGGAGCCGACAGCCGUCUCCCACUAUCACAGCAGGCAGGGAGCAGCUCACAGAGGUGACGCUGCUGUGCGGAGCAGGUCUAACAGAUCAAAGCUUCAUGCUUCAAGAAAUGAACAGCAGGACAAACACAGCUACUAUCCAGAUUGCAAAUGGCACUACUGCCACAGAUGUUAAUGGCAAAGAAAGGUCGUGCUGAGCCUGUGCUGGUGAGGUGGAUGCUGUGGUUACAACACAGAACCAGAGGAGGGGGAAAAAAAACAAACACCAAACAGACACAAGGAUGGACCAAGAGAAGAUUUACAGCCCAACUAUUCGGAAGCUUUCAGUGCCACAGCAGACAAACAUAACACACCAGCAGUCACUGUGGCCACACUGUAGCAAACCAAAGCAGGAGAGAAUCGGGCGUCAGCA